UUUAAUAAUAUAAGGUAAUUACCGCUCAUCUUUGCUGCCAUCCGAGAUUCGGAGCCAUAAAGCUCCUCCAAUCUGAUCGAAUUGCAGUGGAAUUUAAUCUUUAGAAGCAAAUCCGGUUACGCGCUCCAAUUGGAUGGAUCGAGAUCUUCCGGCGAUCGACGAGGAUUUCGGCGAAAGAGAUUUGGACCGCUUGCCGCCCGUUUACGACGACGACGGCGAUGGUGGUGGGGGAGGAAUGCAAGGAGACGACGUUGAAGUUCUGCAGUGGGUGGAAGGGUUGCCGAGCGGCGACGAUCUUAUUCCCCUGUCGCAGCCGCUGGUCUCGCCGUUGCUAGCCUCCGCCUUCUGCAUCACCCCUCCGGAGCUCAAAACUAUGCUCGAUAUCCACCGCGCUACGCAGCACACUGCAUCCAAUCUGCGCCGCCAACAGCAUCUCGCCAAGUCCUCUCAGAUUGUUUCCCCUCUCAAGCCCUUGUCCGCAGCCGAUCCCAAGGAACCCUCUGACUCACAGAAGCCAACCCUAUGCCCUGACGACGGAGCGGGAGCUUCUGAGGUGGCAACGAUGGCAGAAAUUGAGGCCGAUUCGUCCUCCCUCCAUGCGGAGAACUCCGCUGAUGACAACUCUGGCAGAAUGCUAAAGCGGCCGCGGCUGGUGUGGACGCCGCAGCUCCACAAGAGAUUCGUGGACGUGGUCGCUCACCUUGGGAUCAAGAACGCCGUGCCCAAAACCAUUAUGCAGCUGAUGAACGUGGAUGGUCUCACUAGGGAGAACGUCGCCAGCCACCUGCAGAAGUACAGGCUAUACGUGAAGAGAAUGCAGGGACUCUCCGAUGAAGGACCCUCUACCUCCGAUCAUCUCUUUGCGUCGACACCAGUGCCUCCGCAGAGCUUUCAAGAACAGCCGAUGCAGCACCCGAUGCCAUAUGUCGUGCCGGCAAUGAUCCCUAUGCAGGUUUACAGCAUUCCGCAUCACCACGCUCAUGGAUUGGUUCCCGUUAAUAAUCGCCAAGGCGGCCAAUUAUUUAACGGUUUUGAUUCUUUUCAAUCUUAUGCGCCCGUUGAUUGGUCGGGCAGAAGCAAGUUUGCUUCAGUUGUUUCUAAGACUUAUGUUUCGCCCAAUGACAAUAUUAGAACUGGAGAAAAACAGAAGCAAUAAAUAUUUUUUGCUGGUUUAUUUUGAUUAUUUA